UUUUACACUUGAGUACCACUCCCCGCCAAUCAUGGAAAAUGGACCAGUUUCUUGUAUACCAACAACCCCAAAAAUGUCGAAAGCGAAGAAAGUGAUCGAAGAAGCACUGGAAAAUCAAAAUCCAGAGUUGGAUUUAGCAGAUAAAGGGGUAGUCUCUUUUGAGGAGAUGCCAGGACUCAUUGAUAUGCAUAAUAUUACUCGUAUCACAUUAAGUCACAAUAAAAUCCAAAAAGUGCCUCCUGGGAUUGCAAAUUUAACACAAUUAGAAAUGUUAAAUUUAUUUAACAAUCAUAUUGAAGAAUUACCAGUUUCUCUUUCAUCAAUGCCAAAAUUGCGUAUUUUAAAUGUUGGAAUGAAUCGUUUGGAUUCAUUACCACGAGGUUUUGGAGCUUUUGCAGUUCUUGAAGUAUUAGAUUUAACAUAUAAUAAUUUAAAUGAAUCCAGUUUACCAGGCAAUUUCUUUAUGUUGGAAACCUUACGUGCAUUAUACUUGGGUGAUAAUGAUUUUGAGACUAUACCACCUGAAAUAGGACAGUUAAAAAAUCUUCAGAUUUUGGUUUUACGAGAAAAUGAUUUAAUUGAUAUACCAAAAGAGAUUGGUUAUUUACCCAGAUUACGUGAGUUACACAUUCAAGCUAAUCGACUGACAGUAUUGCCUCCAGAAUUGGGAAAUUUAGAUCUAUUUGGAAAUAAAUCUGUAUUAAGAAUGGAGUUUAAUCCUUGGGUUGCUCCAAUUGCAGAUCAACUUCAAGUUGGCGUAUCUCAUGUAAUUGAUUAUAUUAGAUCGGAAACAUACAGAUAUCUUUACAAUCGUCAUAUUGCUGCUAGGGGUCCACCUCCGCCAAAACUUAAUGAUAAAACACGUAAGAUUUCAAGAAACCGUCAAUAUAGCUAACUUAUUUUGUAAAUUGAAAUGAUCAAAAUUAACUUAAAACGUAACUGGCAUUUAAUAUCCGAAAUCACAAAACAAUCACCCCUCCAUAAGUAAUUAUAGCCUAUAGAAUUAUAAGAACUAUGUGCUUAAUAUCAUUUAAGUAAAAGUGUCUUAACACACCAAUAUUAAAAUGUAAUUCUCGCAAAAUUCAUUUAUUUUAUUUAUGUCAUUCAAUUUUGUAAUGUAAAUUGUUUUGGUCAUAACCAGCUAUGAAUACAUGACUACACUGUCUAUAUAAUAUGGGACUGAGUUAAAUAUUUCGGAGCUUGUUCUUAACAUA